AUGCAGCUCUCGUUUGUUGUGGCCCUGCUUCCCGUGUUGGCCAUUGCCACACCUGCUAUUCAGGAGCGGGACGUCAAGAAGUGCUGCUAUGAAUUGGAGGGGCACCCGGAGGUAUACUACGAGAUCACGAUUGAUGGUGACUACAAGGAUUCGUUAAACCUGUGUAACUUGUACUACAUCCGCGACACUUCCGACCCCGACAACUGUGAUGCGGCCUCGCGUGUAGCAACCAGCGGUUACUGCCUCUCCGACGUUGCAUUCCCCGUUGUCGACUGCAAGGCUUAG